CGAGUCUGCAAGUUGCCAAGAACAAGUUUCAAUAUGGCGUCCAAGGUUACUGGAUAAGAAAAGGAACCAAAGAUGUGGGACUUACGAUCUCCUUGGUCCUUUGCGGAUUGGGGCCCUCCCAUUCCUGAGAAAGAUGCAUCGUGUGCCCCACUUUGUCAGCAUCCUCCAUGUUGGCAGUCUAAUCUGAGAAAGUUGAAAGGAAUCAAAGACCUUCCACCUGCAAUCCCACCAAAGGAAGAAAUUGAAACAGACUUGCCAACCUUAAAAGUAUGUAACAUGUUAGAGGAAUAUGGAGACGAUCCCCGUGAUCUGUUUCCUGUGAAGUUUGCUGGAAAACCUCAGCAUGAGCGCUCAAAUUUAAAUAAGCUACCUGGUCCCAAAUCCAGUAAAGCAAGUAGUUUAAAAGUCCCCUCCCCACCAAUUCACACUCCAGUCAGUGAGAAGAAGAUUAAGAGUGCCCCCCAGGGGAAGCCAGUACAACUGGUGGAGGUCCAGGAAGUGUUUGAACCUGAGGAUCUCAAAUGUAGCUGGGAUGAUACUUUCCUCCCCAAGAAAUUUUAUGUCUGGGUCCCCAAUCCAAAAAGGAAACAAAAGCAAGAAAAAUCUGCAUCUAUUGGUGAGAUAGCUAAGGGUAGUCCCCAGAAAGUUUUGGUACGAGAUAUUACAGAGGAUAUGAUCCCCCGCAGUAUUGAGUACGAAAACACCACAAAGCCAUAUGAAGGGCCAGUGAUAAAGAUGCGUAGAAGAAUUACCUCCCCUGCUUCCUCCCGCUAUAGAACACCAUAUUCAAGGUCAGCAGCAGGGAUGCGUUCAGGACCCCAACUUUAUGGGAGUUCAGGCAUUGAGGAAUUACUUGAUCUCCCCCGAGAUAUUCUAGUAAGAGUUUUGGAUCAUGCCAGACAGAGUGAUUUUGCAUCUAGUCAGAAACUCCAUGAACUGAUAAGUAAGUUUGUUCCGAUCAUGGACCGAGAGUCUACCAACAUGACGGCCAACAGUACAGACCUGCUGCAGCAGAAGAAGAUGAACAUCUACGAGGGCAAAGAGAAGAAACAUAAGGAGUCCCAUCUAAUGGAAACAAAGCCUGUUUACUACCUCGACGAGGACGGAGUGGAACAGGAAGUCUUCCCCGAACCCAGGCUGUCACGAGGUCAAAGAUUAAAUGAUAGUGAUUAUGGGUCAUAUCGAGAUCUGUACAUGAGUGGAACCCGAGAGUUCCCCAAACUGAAGAAACCACUGCCACCUAUUGGUGGAACUGUGGAUGAAAAGAUAAAAAUUCCCUCAAUAUCACUUGGCCUGCCAGAGCUUCCUACUGGAGUAAAACACACCAGGACUUUUAACUACUCCAGGAAAAAUUACAGAAAUAUUGACCUUACCAUAGCUCCUGUUCCAACUCCGCCCACCAGCACCAGGACUGAUGACACCACUGCUUCAGAUCACGGCACCACCGUCCAUGUUAACAUUCCCUCUGCUGACUCUGUCAGGGAGGGGGUACCACCCCAGUCUGCCGCUCAGAGGGCUGAAAUGGCACCCCUAUCAAGACAAACGACUGACUCUCGAGAUCUUAUUGAUGCUUUAGCUUAUUAUGGCCUGUACACUGAUUUUGAGUCUUCCAAAUCUGAGAGAUCAGCUUCCCGUACCCCUCUCCAUGCUGUCAGCCCCGCCCAGUCAACAAGGGUGCCCCAGGCCCCAGCCACCACCCCUGCCACCCAUGGUCAGAUGUCCCCCAUGAAGCUUUACCGGGAUCAGUCAGGACUGUCCACUGCCUCCAACAGGAAACCAAAAUCAGCUCCCUCAAACCAGAAUAUAUCGCGAGAAAAUGCCCAGUCCCCCACUGCUGAGAUCCGGGCCCCCACAAACUCCCCCAGGGCCCUCACACCUGAGCAGACAGGUCUUGGAACAAUUCAGGAAACGGGCCUUGAAGAGGGUGAGGGACCGCAUCCAGUAUCACGUGGUGGACGAAGUGUGCGCUUCGCUGAAGAAGUUCCGGAAGUUCCUCCGCCGCCAUCUUCACCUCAACUUCCGGAAGAUGACCAAGAGCCAGCGCAAGAUGUGACACCACAGACUCAGGAACCGAGUGUUCCUGUCUCAAGACAAACGGGCUUCACCAACCAACCCACAUUUAAUACGAUGGAAAAAGAAUUGUCACAAGAUGAAAUCCUGAUCAAGUCGGCAAAGAAACGAGAUUCUAUCAUAUCUACACCAGAACCAUGGCCUCAAGUUAACGAAGCAGAUUACGAUGUUACACCUGCUCACACGAAAAUGACUCUCCACGAUAGCGAACCAAAAGUGAAUGAUUCGCGGAUGGCACAAAUGGAUCCGUACUCGGACAGGUCUGCUGGUACCGGAAGUACGAUUCGUGCAGAUAUAACCAGCAGAGACUCCACGAGAAGUUACAUGACCCACAAAGAGGAAUCGCCAGGGCCUCCUCCCCCGUCCCCAGAGGCUAAAAACGACGAGCAAAGGUCGGCGCGAAGAAGAGAAACGAAAUCCCGCGAAUCUACCACCAUGACACCACUUAUGGAAGAGAAUGAUGAAGAUACGGCAUCGCCCGAUGUUCACAUCAGGACUCUGGUUAUUGAAGUUCCACCAUUAGGACAGAAGGAGACAAAGGAGAAGCCGAAGGGUAAAGCACGAACUACGGACACGUUUGUUAGUAUAGAUAUUCCUGCACAGCCCGUGGUAGAUGAUGAAGUUCCGAACGGUAGUGGAAAGAGACAACUGAUUAGUAAAGGAGGGAGACGGCUGGAGCCACCCUUAGAGGAAAAGGAGGAAGAAUCCACCCCAGAUGGAGGAGGUACUAUCAACACACGAGAACAGAAUUUGUCUGUACAAAGCUCCGUGACCGGCAGAAUUACAGCUGAUGGGGACACCGAUACAGAAUUUGGAUCCGCUGGCGUUGAUCCCUCUAUUGGUGGUAACGUAUCUCCCUCUUCAACAAUCGCAGGAAAUGACAAGAUCGUCAACACGGACCUGAAAAACUUUAUUGAGCAACAAGGUGGAGAUACUUCGAAAAUUGAGGAGGAUAAUGAACCAAAAUCUAGUGAACGCAGGAAGGAUUCUUCCGAAAUGAUGGAAUCGCGGGACUCUUAUUUACCGGAAGGCGAGGAGCAGAAACCGGAGCAGACGAUCGAGAGAGAUGACGUCAAACAAGAGAAUCAGACGGGAGAGGAACAAACAGAGGAGGGUGACACGGAGGGGAAUCUUACCCAGAGGACUGAGCAGGAGGUGACGGAAAACGGGGGCGAUAAUGACGCCUUUAAAUCCCUGCUGGCAGAGGAGCUAGCGCGUAUAAACCAACAGGAUUAAGACAGAGGGUGGCUAUAUAUAUGUGAUUAUAAUUCUGUGAUAUAUCCUGACAUCAUAGAUAGGCCUGUGAUAUCACUGAUAGCAUAAUUGUGAUAAUUUUACAUGUACAUCUAGAAGAGAGCCAAUUUCCUUGAUAAAAUAUUCAAAUAAAUGAAGUGCAUCCGAGAUUUUCAUACAUAAUAUAACGCUCAAUGCUGUAGCCUUUCUGUCAGGAGCUGUGAUUGAAACUUUUUAUUUGUAUCUGUGAUACAUGUAUAUCCAUUAUGUAUUUUUAUUGAAAUAUGAGAAAGCAUUUUUGAAAAUUUCUCUCAGGUUAACGGCACGUCGAGCAUUUAUAUCCAUACGAAUUUUCCCAUAAAAUCUUUCAGAUAUUCACGCGUGAUUCCAGUAAACAUUCAUCAAGAGUUAUUGGUGGUUUGGCUGCACUUCCCUCGUGGUGAUACAUUUAACAGAAUACAAAUAAAAUUCAUUUUUCAAGGAAUUAUUUUAAAAAAUCAUUUUAAUUUUCAAUUAUUUUAUUUUUGAUACACCAAUAAAUGAAUACAAUGGUAAAAAACGUUUUGAACGGAUUAAAAUUGGAUUUAAUUUAGAUACAUCAUGCAAU